ACACAAGUGCUGUUAACAUUUGAUGCAAUAUUUGGUCACUUGAUUCAAUCGGUGAUACCUGUAGUGUACGGUAAGUGUCCAGUUUAGAUGUGACUGCAAUGGACACGUGUAUCAUCACAUCCACGAUACUCUCAUGUCUGGUAUCCUUCCUAUACGUGGGAUCUCUAUAUUGUUGGCCAAAACAAACUCAUCGUAUCGGGAGUUUGGCCGUCAGUUUGGUAAUCCGUAAUUACAUGAUAGCGCCGAUCACUGAAGAGCUCAUCUUCAGAGGUGUGUUGAGUACUCUUCUGGUGAAGUGUUGGUCCCUCCGAUCAACUCUAAUCAUGAGUUCCCUGUUAUUUGGUUUCUCUCAUUCACAUCACUAUAUCUUUGAGAUCAAUGACAUGCGAAGAGUGACGGCACGCAACUACGGACCAGCACUGGAACAGAUGACAUACACGACACUGUUCGGGAUGUACGCCUCUGUCGUCUACUUCAAGUCCCGGCUCAUCAUAUCUCCCAUUCUGGUCCACUCCUUCUGCAAUCUCAUGGGUUUCCCAGACUUAGGAGCCAUCACUUCAUCCAAACACACCUUCGCUCUCACUCUCACGGGAUUUCUUUUAUGGCUCUUAAGUGUCUUUUAUGUUUACUCUAAUCUCUAA